UAUUUAAUCGAAAACAAUCGCGAAGUGCGGACGCAAAGUCGAGUGCGAUCCUCCUGCCAGCCAAGCACAAGAAAUCCCACCCAAGAAGAGAGAGGAGCCCACACACCACACUACACUACACUACGAGCAGUGCGAGCAGUGUUCAGUUCAGAGUCACAGAGUCAGUUUAGUCUGUGUUGUAUUGUCGUUCCGCGUCGUCUUCGUCGUCGCCGAUUCUACCUCCCAGAAGCAAAUCGCCGUGCGCGCGCGCCUUUUCCUGUGUGCGAUCGCAACCCGAUCGCAAGUGUCAAAAGUGAGUGAAUUUUUCGAACGGCCGGAAAAUUCGGCGCGAUCAGCGAUCUGGAAUUGGAUUAAACGCAAGCAAGCAAAGCAAAGUAAAGGUCGAGCUGGUGUGUUGUGAUCAAGGGUGAUCGCGCGCAACCUAGGGAGUCUAGGUUCGAUUCUCCGGACGACACCCACCACCCCGGAGUGAGAUGUCAUGUGAAAGAUAAAGUUUGUUUCUUUUUGUUUUUACCGAGAAUUCUCGUACACGCACAACAUUUUUGUUUUCGGGGUCCGCUGAAGGUCCUGAAGUCGGCAGGAUCCAUUCCAAGAAGAGAGGGUUCUUCGGUAUGCAGCAGCAGUGACGGGAACCUCCCGAAGGGUCGUCUCUGGGUGUUAUUCGAGAAGGGGAAGGUGCAGAGAGAGAGCAUGGUGAAGCAAAACAGAAGAAUGACGAGGAGGAGGAUGAUGAUGGCAUGAUGGGAAGAAGCUUAUUUUGAAGGGAGUUUGUGAGUUGGAAUCCCAGUGUGAAGGUCUUUGCAGAGUACGACAAAACUCGAAAUAGUGUGUCUGCCUCGAAUAUAGAAGAAAAAAAAAGUGUCGUCGACGUCUGUGUCGUGCCUACGAGUGGGAGUAUCGAAGUUCAGAUUAUUAUUGUGUCUCUCCCGCUUACACAGUCCGUUCCGUUCCACAUAAUAUAUGCUGCUAUGCUGCUGUUGCUGCUACGAAUAAGAUGAAGCAUGUUUAUGGUAAUCCUACCCGGGAAGAAGAAAAAGCUAAAUCCAACAGUGACAAAACGGCUCGCAACCGAAAAUGAAGAAUUCGAUCGGUUGUAAGUCAGUGUGAAACAACAAAAAUAGUUCGAAAACCUCAAACCCCCAACGACCAAUCGAAAAGAAAAUCGCACCAAGUGUGACUAGUUAGUUCUGCAAGAAAAAGAUUCUUCUAGUAAGAAUCUAGAGAGAAAAAAGUAUCAAAUAAGCAUAGGAAGAAUGGUGGUGCCCACGAUGGAUAGUUUGCCGCGAGUACCUGACACCCACGGGGACACCGUGGACGAGAAAGUGUUCUCCGACCUCUACAUUAGGACUAGCUGGUUCGACGCGGCGAUCGCGCUCGAUCAAAUUGAAAAGGGCAAAGCACGGGGGAGGAGGUCAGCGGUGUACAUGCGUUCCCUGUUCCAGUCCCACCUGUACAACCUCGGCUGCUCGAUACAGAAGCACGCGGGGAAGGUCCUCUUCGUGGCGAUACUGGUACUGAGUACGUUCUGCGUGGGCCUCAAAUCUGCAACCGUGCACUCCAAGGUCCACCAGCUUUGGAUACAGGAAGGCGGCUCGUUGGAACACGAGCUGGCCUACACGCAGAAAUCGCUCGGCGAAAUGGACUCUUCGACGCACCAGCUGCUCAUCCAGACGCCCAAGGACAUGGACGCAUCGAUACUGCACGCGAAUACGCUGCUGGCGCACCUGGACGUGGUGUCCAGCGCGAUCAACGUCAAGGUGCACAUGUACGACAUCGAGUGGAGCCUGAAGGACAUGUGCUACUCGCCCAACAUCCCGAACUUUGACACGCACUUUAUCGAGCAGAUCUUCGAGAACAUCAUCCCGUGCGCGAUCAUCACGCCGCUGGACUGCUUUUGGGAAGGCAGCAAGCUGCUGGGGCCGGAGUAUCCGGUGCACAUUCCUCACUUGGCGAAGAAAGUGCAGUGGACGUCGCUGAACCCGCAGGAUCUCCUUCGGGACAUCAAGGCCCAGAACUACCAGUUCCCAUUCGACACGCUGGAGCAGUACAUGAAGCGAGCGGGGAUCACCACCGGUUACAUCGAGAAGCCCUGUCUCAACCCGAAGGACAAGCUCUGCCCGGAGACGGCUCCGAACAAAAAGUCCCAACAGGUCCCGGACGUGGCGUCGAUUCUGACCGGAGGUUGUUACGGCUUCGCCGCCACCUACAUGCACUGGCCCGAGGAGCUGAUCGUGGGUGGUGCCACCCGGAACCGAUCGCAGCACCUCAAGACGGCGAAGGCACUCCAGACGGUGAUCCAGCUGAUGGGCGAACGGGAGAUGUACGAGUACUGGAACAACCACUACAAGGUGCACCACAUCGGGUGGAACCCGGAGAAGGCCGCCGAAGUGCUGAACGCGUGGCAGAAAAAGUUCUCCGCUGAGGUCAACAAGAUCAUGCAGACGGAGGUCAAGCCGCUGUCGUACUACGAGAUGUACGCGUUCUCGUCCGCCGCCCUGGACGACAUCCUGGGCAAGUACUCCAACCCAAACCUGAUCAGUCUGGGCAUCGGCAUCGGCGUCAUUGUGGUCUACUCGGCUGGGGCACUGCUCCGGUGGAAGGAUCCGGUCAACGGGCAGUCGGGCGUUGGAGUCGCCGGAGUUCUGCUGAUUGGUGUGACAACCGCCGCCGGUCUUGGGUUCUGCGCGUUGUUAGGGAUCGCUUUCAACGCUGCGACCACUCAGGUUAUUCCCUUUUUGGCGCUUGGACUGGGUGUUGAUCACAUCUUUGUGCUGACGCACGCGUACGCCGAGCGGGACAACAACGAACACACCGGACAGGUGCUGAAGAAGGCCGGGUUGAGCGUGUUGUUCAGCGGUGCUGCUAGUGCGGGGUCGUUCUUUGCCGCAGCCAUGAUUCCGGUGCCUGCACUCCGCGUAUUCUGCUUUCAAGGAGCGAUCCUGAUGGUGUUCAAUCUGGCAGCUGUCCUGCUGGUCUUCCCGGCGAUGGUUUCGCUCGAUCUUCGAAGGAGGCGCUCUGGACGGGCGGACAUUCUGUGCUGCUGUCUACCGGCGUUGCCGACCACCAACCAGGACGUACGGUAUCGGGCACAACCGCAACAACAGACUCAACCCAACCAGGACGACUCACUGAUCGACUGCCCGGCCAAGGCAUGCUUCAGCUUCUCGAUCUCCAAGUUUGCCGUCAAGCACUACGCUCCGUUCAUCACCAAGAGUUCGGUGAAAGUGCUCGCCAUGCUGCUGCUCACCGGAGUCAUCGGAGUGUCGCUGUUCGCUUCGAUGAAGCUUCCAGACGGACUGGAGCUGACCGACCUGGUUCCCCAGAACACCAACGAGCACAAGUUCUUGAACGUGCAGGGCAAGCUGUUCGGCUUCUACAGCAUGUUCGCCGUCACGCAAGGAGACUUUGAAUAUCCGACGAACCAGAAGCUACUCCACGAGUACCACGAGGCGUUCGUGCGAGUGUCGCACGUGAUCAAGAACGACAACGGAGGUCUGCCCGAGUUCUGGCUUUCGCUGUUCCGCGACUGGUUGAUCAACCUGCAGAAGGCGUUCGAUCGGGACUACCGCGAGGGUCGGAUCACCCAGGAGCGAUGGUUCCCGAACGCCAGUGACGACGCGAUCUUGGCGUACAAGCUGCUGGUGCAAACCGGCCACGUGGACAACCCGAUCGACAAGAGCCUGGUGACGCAGGUGCGGCUGGUGGACUCGGAGGGCGUGAUCAACCCGCGCGCCUUCUACAACUACCUCUCGGCGUGGGCCUGGAACGACGGACUGGCUUAUGGCGCGUCACAGGGAAAUUUGCGCCCCGAACCCCGUGAAUGGUUCCACUCGCCGAGCGACUUCGAGCUGAAGAUCCCGAAGAGCGCACCGCUGACGUACACCCAGCUGCCGUUCUACCUGCACGGGCUGAGCGACACGCAGGACAUCAAGACGAUGAUCGGGCAGAUCCGGGAGCUGAGCCGGCGGUUCGAGCAGCGCGGGCUGCCCAACUACCCGUCAGGUAUUCCGUUCCUGUUCUGGGAGCAGUACAUGAACCUGCGGCCGUGCCUGUUCAAGGCCAUCGGCUGUGCGCUGGUUGCUGCGUUCUGCCUGGUCGCCCUGCUGCUACUCUCCGUGUGGGCUUCCGUGCUGAUCGUGUUUAGCAUCGUGACCAUGCUGAUCCAGCUGCUCGGCGUCAUGAUCCUGCUGGGCAUCAACCUGUCUGCCAUACCGGCGGUAAUACUGAUAGCGAGCAUCGGACUUGGCGUCUGCUUCACCGUGCACGUGUCACUGGGCUUCAUAACUGCCAUCGGAAAUCGGGACAGGAGGAUCAAACUCGCUCUGGAGCACUCGCUAGCCCCGGUGAUCCACGCCGUCAUGACUUCGAUCCUGGCCGUCCUGAUGCUGUCUACGUCCUCCUUCGAGUUCGUAGUGCGGCACUUCUUCUGGCUACUCCUGUCCGUGCUCGUGAUCGGUGCCAUCAACGGGCUGUUCUUCUUCCCGAUCCUACUGAGCCUGGUAGGGCCGGGAGCAGAGAUCAUCCCGCUACAGUACGCGAACCGAAUUUCAACACCUUCACCUCCCCCCAAACGAAUCAACAAAAUCUCCAACAAACCGAUCAUCCUGAACAACAAGCGAUCCUCGUCCUCGUCGAGGAACUGCUCCAAGUCGCAUCACCACCACAAGCACAACAACGUCAACAUCAAUAACGAACCCUCGCUGACCACCAUCACCGAGGAGCCCCAGUCCUGGAAGAGCUCGGCCUCGUCGAUCCCGUCGAUCCACGAGAACCACAAGAACAACGUCAACAUCAACUACGUCAACCAGGCGCCCGAGCUGCAAAGCAUCGUGCUGCAGCCGGAGGUGACGGUGGAGACGCACCACCAUGGCGGCGACCAUCAGAACACCAAGGUCACGGCGACGGCCAACAUCAAGGUCGAGCUGGUGACGCCGGGCCGGGGCGCUCCCCGGAUGGUGCGGACGAGCAGUACCAGCAGCAGCAGCGGCCACAGCAGUAGCUGAGUGCCGCGAAUGCCCUUGUGUAAAUAGGACAAUUCCUUUCCUAGCAACGUAAGAAACGAAAACUUUAUUUAUUUGUUUUUCCUCCACCCAAAAGAAGAAGUAUUAUUUUUAAAACUGCUAGCGUGUAGCCUCUUUGUGUCGUCAAUACUCAACGGUAGGUGCGAACGUAGAUCCAGGAAAUCAUUUAAAAGUCUCAGAAAGAGCAUUGAUGCUCGAGUUGCAUCGAUUCCAAUCCUCCGUUUGACAGUUGGUCACCUGUGGUAUUGUUUACCUUGGUGAUUUGCUGUCAAACGUUAUCUGUUUUCAUUUCUGGAGAAUUGUCACUCAAAUUUGAGUAAAAAUCACUCUAAAUGGAAGGUGUGCUAAAUUUACCCAAAACUGAGUGAGAAUUACUCAGAAAUGAAUCAUUUUGGACGAACGAGCAAGGUUGGAGUCGUUUGACAGUUUCCCACCUUAAACAUUGCUUUGAUUGUGUUUGACAGAUCAAGGCUAGCAAUGCUGAAAGUGUCAAAAGCGCCGAGCUGAACAAGAGUGUGUGACGAACAACAACAACAAUGACGAACUGAUUAAGCUAGUUUAGUAGUGACUUUAGCUCGUAGGACCCGUAUUGUCUGCGGUAUAAACACCAGAAAGCUAAUAAUUUUAAAUAUAUAUACAAUCAAAUAAAAAAAGAAAAAACUAGAAAGUUUAAAACCACGUGUAAAGAGUCCUGUGUACAGCUUUUAUAUAAUUCGAUUGCGGGUUUGAGAGACGGAUGAUGCAUGCUUUAAGGCCAAAUAUUCUCAGUUUUAUAAACGAAAUUUUUAACUUAUUGUGCUACUGAACUGCAAAACUAAUAAGAAGAAAAAGAAGCAAAACAUACCCAUAGGUGUAGUGUAAAUAGCAAAAAAAAAACAGAAACCCUUACUUAACCUCCCUGCCUCCCUCCCACCAAUGCCGUGCAGCAGUAACGAACGUGGAACUCGUACUUAAUUAACGAAAAGGAAGAAGUAAAAUGAACUAAAAGUGAGGAGAGAACGCUGUUAAGAAAAGAAAGAGUUAUGCACACAUGUAUGUAUACCGAAAAUAAAACUAAAGACAGAAACCAAACGCAUUUCAUCAAACACACAAUCACACAAACACACACAAAAA